CAUGCAGCCCUGGUUGUGAUAGUGCAAGGGGGCUUGACUGUGGUAUAUUUCGAAGUUCCGGCCACGGUCACACCGCACAUCUCCAUUUUGCAAAGAUGUCCUUUAAGCCCAUUGACCCGAAGCGCGACGAGAUCCGGCGCUACCUGGAGCGCGGCAGCGUCCUGGACUCGCUGACCAAGAUCUUCAUACGCGUGAUCAAGGAGCGGCCGGAGAAUCCCAUGGAGUACAUCCGGAACCACAUUGGUGUGGUGCGCCACCAGCACGACAAGUACGAGCGCCUGCAGCAGGACCUGCAGCUGGCCAACGAGGAGAUCCAGCGGCUGCGUGCCAUCAUCAACAGCAUCAAUCCGGAGGUGCUUCAGGGCCAUCAGCCAGUGGCCCCCAGUGAAGUGGUCGCACCGGAGCAGCCUGAGACCGUGGCCGAGCCCACUGAGGCGGCGGAGCAGCAGGAGAACGGCGAGCUGGGCGCUGAGAAACCCGGGGAAAGUUCGGACGCCGUUGCGGAGGUAACCGCUGUGGUGGAGGCCUGCCAGAUUGAGGAGAAAGCGGUGGUGGCCAGCGAGGAGGCCGCACAGCCCAGCCCAACCGUCCAAGCUGAAGCCAGUGGCUCCAGCGAGUAGAUCUCAGAUGACAGCAGCUCGCAGGCUCACACCAAAAAUCAGCAGACAUGCCAUUAGAACGCAUCUAUUAGAAGAAAUGUUAAGUAUUUUCCCAAGUGUACAUGUAAAUAAAGCGAAAUACAAGAUAUGCAGCGAAUGCGAA